CAGACUUUGAUUUACGGUGGUUUCUUGCCACGCACCAUAGGUGUAGUUCACACGCAUUUUUCGACCAUUAUUUCUACAUCCGAAGCUCGUCCGGAUUCGGAACGGGAUUUGCGGGUGGCGAUUGUCACCAUCUUAUCAUAUCGAGUAUCAAAUUUUUGAACAGAAGGGCACGAAUCAUGGCAUCCGAUUCAGAGAAAUAUGAAGGACGGAAAAGUCUUUCGAUUGACAACUCAAGCACCAAACAUUCAAUCUCCAAAGACUCCCAGGCGGUUGACACUGUUAACGUUCCUCCUGGUGACUCGAACCAUUCCAACCCUGAUCCGGCUGUCAAAGAAGAUGACUUGGAAGGGGGCAACCUGGCCCGCUAUCUCAGUAGAAAGAGUACCAGGAGCCACAAGGGGAGGCUGGAACCAGAGAAGUAUCCGUUGAUGGAUGGGGAGAAGGGACUUGUUGGGUGGGAGAGUCAGGAUGAUCCCGCGAAUCCUCGAAAUUUUCCACAAAAGACAAAGUGGUUCAUCUUGGGCAUGAUCAGUGCGCUCACGUUCUUGAGUCCCUUCGCAUCUACCAUUUGCGCUCCCGCUCUCCCUUUUAUCAAUGCUGCAUUGCACAACACUUCAGCAAUCCGGGGCAGCUUUGCCGUCAGCAUCUUUGUGCUCGGUUUCGCUAUUGGUCCCCUCUUCCUCUCUCCUCUCAGCGAGAUUUACGGGCGCCGUAUCAUUCUCAACAUUGCCAACCUUUUCUUCUGCGCCUUCAGCCUAGGCUGCGCCCUCUCGCCUAACCUCGCUGGCCUUCUGGUCAUGCGUCUUCUCGCAGGUAUGGGCGGCUCCGCCUGCCUCACCAUCGGUUCAGGCGUCAUCUCUGAUCUCUUUGUCAUCGAAGAGCGUGGGAAAGCCAUGGCUAUAUACUCCAUGGGAGUCCUUUGGGGUCCCGUCAUUGGGCCCAUCAUAGGUGGUUUUGUCGCUCAAAGAGCAGGUUGGCGUUGGGUAUUUUGGGUCCCAUUCAUCGCCUCGACCGUCAUCUGCACAGCCAUUGCCGUCCUCAACCGCGAAACGAAUCCCGUCGUCUUGAUGAACUGGAAGACGAACAAGCUGCGCAAGGAAACCGGUCGGCCCGAACUCGAAAACGUUUACCUGCACGGAAAGCCCGCGCACCUCCGGAGUCCUCGAUCAAUCCUCACUCGCGGCAUCUUUGUCCCGCUGAAACUCCUUUUCAUGUCUCCCAUCGUCUUGCUCCUCUCCCUUUACAUCUCGUUCGUCUUCGGUCUGCUGUAUAUGCUCUUCACGACCGUGACACCCACCUUCGUCCGCACGUACGGCUUCAGUCCCGAGCUGUCCGGAUUAGCGUACUUGGGGAUCGGAUUGGGCGCCAUGCUGGGGAUUGUGGUUGUGGCGCGGACGAGCGACAGCACCGUCGUGAAGCUCACGAAGAGGAACAAGGGCAUUUAUGAGCCCGAGAUGCGAUUGCCGUUAAUGGUGUUUUUCGGCAUGUUGAUCCCCGCCGGUCUGUUUUGGUACGGCUGGAGCACCGAAAAACACACCCACUGGAUCUCUCCCAUCCUUUCCCUCCUUCCCUUCGGCUUCGGCAUGAUGGGCCUGUUCGCCCCGAUGCAGACCUACCUCAUCGACGCCUUCCCCACCCACGCCGCUUCCGCCGUCGCCGCCAUGACCACCCUGCGCUGCCUCUUUGGCGGCUUGUUGCCCCUCGCCGGUCCCAGCAUGUUUGGAAGGUUGGGCCUCGGUUGGGGCAAUAGUUUGUUGGGUUUCAUCGGCGUGGCCAUGGUUCCCGUGCCCGUGGCGAUUUGGAAGUAUGGCGGAUACGUGAGAAAGAGGUGGCCGGUGGAUUUGUAGGAGCGGUUUGCGAAAGGUAGAAAGGUGGAGGUAUGGAUGGGGUAAAGGAUGGAAUGGAAGAGAUCGAAGCCGAUGAAAAAGGCUGGACUGGAUGAAGCUUGCUAGUUUUGUCUUUUGAGAUAUCCCCAUUCUGGCGUUCAUCGUUGACGAGUUUCUGAACAUGUAUAUUAUUGACAUACGCACUAAAUUUUA